UGUGUGGAGGAGGGAUCAAGAUCUUUCAUUUUCAUCUUCAAUUUGCACAAAUCUUUUUAAGGCCAAGAAGAGGAAGAACCAGAAAUGAACUUUUUAACAUCUUCUCUCUAAAAAGAAGCCAUUUUUCUGUGUUUCCUUUGAAUUUAGAUCAAUUUUUCAUUCAACCCACAAUCUACAAGCGAUGAGAGCCGGCCUUAGUACUAUCCACCAGACGUUAACGCCAGAAGCGGCAAACGUCUUGAAUCAUUCAAUCGCGGAGGCUACUCGCCGUAUCCACGGCCAGACGACGCCGCUUCAUGUGGCGGCUACUUUACUCGCUUCACCUUCUGGGUUCCUCCGUCAGGCAUGUAUCCGUUCUCAUCCAAACUCGUCUCACCCUCUUCAGUGUCGUGCCCUAGAGCUUUGUUUCAGUGUCGCCCUUGAUCGUCUACCCACUGCACAAAACAUGGCUGUAGGUACUGAACCCCCUAUUUCAAAUGCACUCAUGGCUGCACUUAAACGGUCUCAAGCCCAUCAAAGGAGGGGAUGUCCUGAGCAGCAACAACAACCUUUGUUAGCUGUUAAGGUUGAGCUUGAACAACUGAUUAUCUCGAUCCUGGAUGACCCUAGUGUUAGCCGUGUCAUGCGUGAGGCUAGCUUCUCAAGCCCUGCAGUCAAAGCCAUAAUUGAACAACAACAAUCAAUGAAUUCUCAAUCGUCAACAACAACAAGAACAACAAUCAAUUCUACCCCAAUUGGAAGAAUGUUCAGACAAACCCCGAUUCCAUCACCUGUAUUACCCAAUGGCAAUAGGAAUCUGUACAUGAAUCCCCUGUUACAACAGGGGAAUCCAUUACAACAGAGAACUGAGGAGGUGAAGAAGGUGAUCGACAUAAUGGUUAGAAGCAAGAAGAGAAACCCAAUCCUAGUCGGUGAAUCAGAGCCAGGAUCAGUGAUGAAGGAGGUGAUAAGAAGGAUUGAGAAAGGAGAAGUGACAGAAGCCUCAUUAAAGAACGCUCAAGUAAUGGUACUAAGGAAGGAGAAGACUAUUUCUGAAUUUGGAGAUGAAAUUGAAGCUCGGUUGAUUAAAGGGGGAUUAGGAACGAGCAUUGUGAUUGAUUUGUGUGAUCUGAAGUGGCUGGUGGAACAGCCUAUGGUGCGAGUUGUCUGUGAGACAGGAAGAACGGCUGUGGUCGAGAUGGGGAAGAUUUUGUCGAGGUUUCCAGAAAGGGUUUGGUUAAUCGGGACUGCUAGUUGUGAGACUUAUUUAAGAUGCCAAGUUUAUCAUCCUUCAAUGGAGAAUGACUGGGAUUUGCAGGCUUUGCCCAUUACAGCUAGAUCUCCUCAUUCUGUUCAUGGAAUGUUCCAAAGAUCAGCUGGAAACAUUGGGAUUCUUAACAGGUCCAUUGAAUCUAUUAACCCACCUUUAAAAACAGCAGAAUCAUCUUCCUCUGAUAACAUGAAUUCAGAGGCAGCUAGAUCUCGGUUGCCUCAAUGGUUGCAAUGUGCUAAAACCGAUAACAUUCCAACUCGGGUGCAGAAGAAUUAUGGUCUUGGCUUGUAUAAUCCAAACUUGCAGCCUAAGGCGGUUAGCCCUGUUAGGACAAAUCUUGCUCUUGGCCAGACAGAAAACCUCGAGAAAACGACUCAAACAGAACAAAUAAAAGACUUUUUGUCCUGUAUCUCAUCUGAACCGGCACCAAUAGUGAAAAUCCACGAAUUGCAAGCCGAGAAGUUUUCUAAAGCAGCAGAUACCGACACGUUUAAGAAGCUUCUAAAGGGCUUAACGGAGAAGGCUUGGUGGCAGCCAGAGGCGGCAUCAUCUUUAGCGACUGCCAUAACCCGUUGUAGAAUGGGUAAUGGAAAAAAACGAGGCUCAUCUUCGAAAGGUGAUAUAUGGUUGUUAUUUACCGGUCCAGAUAAGGUUUCCAAGAGGAAGAUGGCAUCAGUUGUUGCCGAUCAAGUAUGCGGUUCUAGCCUGGUUGUAUUAAGUUUAGGGUCUAGACGAGAUGGUGAUUUGACCCGUGGUAAAACCGCUUUGAAUAGAAUAGCGGAGGCGGUUAGAAUGGACCCGUUUUCGGUUAUAAUGUUGGAGGAUGUGGACGAGGCGGAUAUGGUUAUUCGCGGGAGUAUUAAACGAGCCAUGGAAAGAGGGCGGCUUACGGAUUCUCACGGUCGCGAAAUUAGUCUGGGAAACGUUGUUUUCAUUCUCACGGUCAAGGCAGAUAAUAUGAGGAACGUUGUUGAUCAUGACGAAAGUAGGUUUAGUUCGUUAGCUGGAGGGAAUUGGCAGUUGAAGCUUUCUGUCGCGGAGAAGAGGUUCAAGCGUCGGGCCAGCUGGCUCGACGGAAUGGGGAAUCCGAAGAAACAAACGGGUGUUUCUCAUGGCGUGUCGUUUGAUCUUAAUUUGUUGGCAGAUGGUGAGGAUGAUAGGACCGACGGAUCCUACAAUUCGAGCGAUGUAACUAUCGAACAUGAAACGGAGACCGGUGUAGAAACAAGGCAAUUCAUCAUCACAUCAGUGCCUCGUGAGCUGGCUGUCCACGUGGAUGACACUAUUGUUUUCAAGCCCAUGGAAUUCGAAAUGAUUCGGAGAGAAAUCAAGACAACAAUCGUGGAGAAAUUCUCCGAUGCGAUAUUUGAGAAGAAUGUCACAAUUGAAGUGGAAGAUUCCGCUCUCGAGAAGGUUCUCGGGGGGAUAUGGCUUGGCGGGGCUAGCCUAAACGAGUGGGCCGAGAAGGUUUUGUGCCCGAGUUUCGAAAAACUUAGGCCCCGAAUGUCUUUUCUUGGGAAAUCAGAAGAGGCUUGGGUGGUUCGACUUGAACUCGACGGGGAUGAUGAUUCCGGCGAAAGGAGAAGCAAUAGAGAUUGGUUGCCGGAGGAAAUCGCGGUGGCUGCAGAUGUUUGAUGGGUGGCCGGUUGGAGUAUAGAUUGUAAAUAUGAAAUGUGAAAAUGGUUUGUGGAGGGGGGAAAAGAUGAAUGUUUGUUCUAUUUUGUUUGUUUGUUUACAAUUUACAAAUGGUGGGGGGAAGAAUUAUAUUAUUAUACUAUAUGAUAGGUAUAUUAUCAAUUUGUUUCUUGUCAUCAAUUAAUAAU